GAGACCGUCGUACUGUCACUUUACUGUGUAGAAAAUUGUCGAAAGUUACAUCACUUGGUGGUAGCUGAUUCUGGCGAUUUUUUGAUUCGGCAGUCCCGUAAGCGCACGAUCAAGCAAUGGCCUUUAGACGAUUCUUGUCCUUUAUUCCGACCGUGAAGGCCGACGAAGAGGACAUUGUCGAUCCUCAGACGGUCCUCCGGGAAAAAUGCGCCGAGCACGGUAGCGCCCCACGGUUGUUUGAAAAGUACCAGGCCUGCAACGACCGCGUCCACAGCAAGUCCCAGACGACCGAGACCUGCGUGGAGGAGCUGUUCGAUUACCUGCACGAGCUGGACCAUUGCGUCAACAAGACGCUGUUCUCCAAGCUCAAGUAAGCGGGCUUCGUCUCCAGGUUUAGAAUUUGCUGACUAGGUGCAGCAACAGGAACAUUAAGAUACAGCGGGCCGGCCAAUUGGCUUUGGAGUCGGUAUAUGACAAUUGGGAAGUGAAAAAAUAUGUGCAGUCGCUGGAGUAAUUCGUCAAUAAAGCCAUUCAACUGAA